UUUUCAACUUUUUAGAACCCUAAGCUAUCUGUUUAUAUUUGCUUUGAUUUUAAUUUUCAUCACGCAUUUAUGCCUAUGCUUCAUUCCGGCAUUGGCAUUCUUCAGGAAAUCUACGAAAUUAAAAGAAAAACUCGAGAGUUUUCUUUUUCCACUGAGAAAAGAGUGUAAUGAAUUUAUUGCAUAAAUCAUGGUGAAUGUAAUGAAAGGAGUUCUCGUUGAAUGCGAUCCUGCUAUGAAACAAUUUUUAUUACAUUUGGAUGAGAAACUUGCCUUGGGACGUAAAUUUAUCAUACAAGAUUUGGACGAAAGCCAUCUGUUCAUAUCCACAGAUAUUGUAGAAACUUUGCAGGCACGUGUUGAUGAACUUAUGGAUCGUAUCAGUUUCCCGUUACACGAGAAAGAAGCCUAA